GCAAAAUCAAUGAAAAGCAAUUCCCUUGAAACAUUGUCUUAUUUUGGGUGAUAAGGACCACUUCAUCACCAAUGUGGAGUGCGGGAAUUACGAGUUCAGGCUGUGGGAAAGGUGGCCGUCAACACUAUCACGGGGCAGUCAUACAUGGCAUGCCUGAGGACCAGACUCCCGCGAAAUUUUACAAAGCAAUUUUGGAAAACAACCCAAAGGUUCUUAGGAAAAUGAUACAGAAAGGAUUUGAUGUGAAUAUACCAUUCAGGUUUGAUGAUGGUCUGGAGAAAAUGACGGGUCUCCAGUACGCAUGUAAGGAUGGUUUGAUCGCCAUAGUGGAAGAGUGUCUUGUUUCUAACCAGGUUGACGUCAACAAAGGGACGCCUUUUGAUGAAGCAACUGCUCUACAUUUUGCGAUGCGUCAUGAUAAUUAUGACAUGAAGGUUAAGAUGGUGAAAACGUUGCUUAGUGCAGGGGCCAAUGUAAACGUCGGUGAUCAUAGCGGAUGUACACCUUUGAUCAUUGCGAGUGAACAAGGACAUUUGGAAUUAGUCAGGCUCCUACUGGAGAAAGGUGCCGAUGUAAAUUGUGGGUUAAACGCGGAGGAUUUUCCACACGCUGUACGAUGGUCACUCUGCAAUCUUGAGCUCUCUCUGAAAGAGGUCAACGAAAUGUGUGAUCCGUUUAAAGGGAAUACGGCUUUGAUACAAGCGUGUCGUGAGCAUCAUCAUAACGUCGUACAGGAAUUGUUAAAAUGGGGUGCCAAUCCAAACAUUGCAAACUCAAUGGGGAAUACAUCCCUCCACAUUGCCUGUAAAUCUGAAUCAAAGAAUAUUUAUACUGAUAAACUUACCCGACCACCUGUAGCGGGAAACAUUAAAAUUAUCACUGAAUUGACAAAACAGAAUGGAAAUGUUGACGCAAGAAACAAUCAUGGUGAAACACCGUUGCUUCGUAGCUUGGAAGGAAUUUUUGAGAUUAUUCAAUGGAAUAUUCCCGAUGAUGAAAAAGUAUGGACAGCUGAGAAUUUCUAUAAAAUUUGUCAGUUUUUGAUACAGAAUGGCUGUGAUGUCAAUGUAUGUAACAAAGAUGGGAAAUCAGUCCUCACUUUAGCUGUCUCAACAGCCGACCAAGUAAAAGCCCACGGGGAAUUAAUAGGACCACUAAUGACUGUGAUUCGAAUGAUUAUCCUAGCUGGGUACCGUCCGAAACCCAAGGAUUUAAAUAUAGUGCCUGAAAAUCUAAGCAGUCAAAUCCCAUUGAAACAAUAUCUGCAAAACAUGAUAGCUAAUCCCCUUACGUUAAAGCAGUCAUCACGAAUCUCUAUCCGGAAGAACAUCGGAACGCCUGUAUGUUCAAAAGUUUUGAUGUUACCACUACCCUCUCUCUUGAACCAGUACAUUGCAAUGGAAGGCGCAGAAUGAAAUCAUGAAAAUGAAAUAUUUGCAUACACACUUGAACUAUUCAUUUUUUAUUACAAAUAUUUAGAUUUUAUAUAACAGUGAUACUCCACAAAAGGAAAAACUAGCCAACAAGAUAUGAAUAUGAUAAUUCUAAAAAUGGCAAAAUCUACCAAACAUGGGCAAGAAAUCAAAUCCUGAAACUUGGAAUUUGAGACUUGAGCCCGAUUGUUGAGCUACACAACAUCUCGGUUCAGAUUUAGCACAAUUCAGCUACAGUGAAAAAUGAACAUCUGAACACCUCUCUAAACCGAACACUCCUCCAUGCCAUCAUUUUCAUUGGUCUCAAUUUGUUAUCCCCCAUUGGUUGAAAUAUUUAAAAGCCGUAAAAUGUGAACACCUACUAAUCUGGACAUAUUUGGCUAAUCAUAGUUUUUAUACAUAUGUAUAU